UUGGCAGGAACAAAAUCAGUGCAGUUAGGAUGAGAAGGGAAGUGGUUGACUGGGAAAAAUCUUUGAAUCAGAUAGCAUUAAUAUCAUUGAUAAGGAUCUGAUAUCCAAAUUACAUAUAGAUAACUGACAUAUGUAAAAUCAAACGCCGUUUCCCAUCAGGUAACUAGUAAAAGGAUAUGAACGAGGAAAUGCUCAAAAGGAGAAUUAUAAAUUAUUAACAAAAAGCAUGCUCCAAAUCACUCAUAGUGAGAAAAGUUAAAAUUAAAACAGCUCUGAGGUUUCACCUCUUACCCAGCAAACUGGCUAAGUGACAAAAGAGGAAAAUAGUCACUGUGGGAAGAGUUGGGAAAAGAUGGGCACACUAAUGUACCAUUGGAACUGUGAAUCAGUCCAGUCAUUCUUGAGAGCACUUUGAAUUUAUGAGAAUAACUAAAAUCUUCUUACCUUUUGACCAGAGACUCCACAGCUAGGUAAAGCCCCAUGGGGCCAUGAUUAAAAAAAAAAAAAGAAAAGAAAUUGCCCAUGUGCACAAAAGCAUUUACAGGAACACUCUUUCUGGUAGCAAAGAACUAGGCACAAAGUUGAUGCCUGUCAGCUGGAGAACAUCCUAGUAAGCUAGGAUAUAUGAACUAAGGGACGGUUACUGUAGUGUAAGAAACAGUUAACGUGAUGAAUAUUAGAAAAGUGUAGAAAGACUUGCUUUUGAAAAACGAAGUAUGCAGAACCAGGAAAACAUUACGCACAGUGACUUUAACAGUGGGAAUACAAAGAACAACAACAGGAAAACCAGACUGAGUGGAAUGAAGUGGUAAUAACCAAGGUUAGCCCCAGAGAAGAGGUGAAAAGUCACUUCCCAUACCUCUUUGCAGAGGUGGCCCCGGAGGUCUUGGAACAUUACUGAUAAGAAGACUGUCUCCUAGUCUAAAAGGUCUUCAAUGAAAUUUACCCAGUCUGGACCUAUUCCUAUUUGGUGCUGCUGUUUCCUGUAUUUCUUGCCACAGACUACCUCCGCUAUAAGCCUGUCAUCCUGCUGCAGGGAUUCAGCCUUAUUGUCACAUGGUUCAUGCUCCUUUAUGCCCAGGGACUACUGGCCAUUCAGUUUCUGGAAUUCUUCUAUGGCAUCGCCACAGCCACGGAAAUUGCCUACUAUUCCUACAUCUAUAGUGUGGUGGACCUGGGCAUGUACCAGAAAGUCACUAGCUACUGCAGAAGCGCCACUCUUGUGGGUUUCACUGUAGGCUCUGUCUUGGGCCAGAUCCUGAUCUCUGUGGCGGACUGGUCUCUAUUCAGCUUAAAUGUCAUCUCCUUGACCUGUGUGUCAGUGGCUUUUUCACUGGCCUGGUUUCUUCCCAUGCCACAGAAAAGCCUCUUCUUCCACCAUGUUGAUUCCACCUGCCAACGAGGGAAUGGUGUCAAAGUCCCAAACGGUAACCUCACGAACACUGCAGCUGCCGGUCAUCUUCCUGGGUGGGAGGACGUGGAAUCUAAGAUCCCUUUAAAUAUGGAAGAGCCUUCUUCAGAAGAGCCGGUUUGGGGAUCAGAACGACGCUUGACUUCUAGAAAGAAUGAGAAGUCGAAGCCAGACCGCCUUCUGGUGCUGAAGGUCCUGUGGAAAGAUUUCCUGGCGUGCUAUUCCUCCCGUCCUCUGCUCUGUUGGUCGGUGUGGUGGGCCCUCUCUACCUGUGGCUAUUUCCAAGUGGUGAAUUACACACAAGGUCUGUGGGAGAAAGUGAUGCCUUCUCGCAAUGCCGCCAUCUAUAAUGGUGGAGUGGAGGCAGUUUCAACACUGCUGGGGGCAGUUGCGGUGUUUGCAGUUGGUUACAUAAAGAUAUCCUGGUCCACGUGGGGCGAGAUGACGCUGUCCCUCUUCUCCCUCCUGAUUGCAGCAGCCGUGUACGUAAUGGACAAAGUGAACAACAUCUGGGUGUGCUACUCGUCCUACGUCGUCUUCAGAAUCAUCUACAUGCUGCUCAUCACCAUAGCAACGUUCCAGAUUGCUACUAACCUCAGCAUGGAGCGCUAUGCCCUGGUGUUUGGUGUGAACACGUUCAUUGCCUUGGCGCUACAGACUCUGCUCACUCUGAUUGUGGUGGACGCCAGUGGGCUUGGCUUGGAGAUCACCACUCAGUUCCUGAUCUAUGCCGGUUACUUUGCACUCAUAGCCAUUAUUUUCCUAAUUAAUGGUGCAGUCAGUGUUAUAAAGAAGUACAGAAGGAGGCGAGAUACAGAAUUAAGCUCUCCAGUGACCACUGCAUGACCCACAGCUAAGGGGAGACUGAAGCCUUAGAACCUGAGUGCUGCUUCACCCAACAACGGUGCCUGGACGUGGAGUUCAUUGUGUUUUCCCUAAGUUAUAGGCAUAUAUUUAUGACAGUGUUUGAAUGUGCAGUUCUCUGCUUCAGAGCAACCACUUGUAAUCUGUGUUCUUGGUGUUCCAUAAUUGAUCCAAGAAGAAAUGUUGAUUUUAUAGAUUAUUUAUGUGAGAUAAUUUAAGGAUGACUUUUUUUCGCCUUGUUUUGAAUGUCUACUUGCUAAAGUGAAAGCAUGGGAUCCAGGGAAAGAGGGACCAGGAGGGGUGGUUCUGCAUUUAAUUAGAAAGCAAAGUCAAGGUUUUUAAAGGUCAUUCCCAUCCCUGUGCCCUGGGAUAGAGGCAUGGGCCCCAUGGGUCAGCACUCUUCAGACAGGAUGGAGGUACACUAUGGCACUACUCACCUCUGUACCACCUAUUCCCACAGUUUCAAUUUUUCUUUGUCUACACAUACUCACUUAUUUGUGUUCGUGUAAAUGAUUGUUUCUAUCACAAGUGAGCAAUAUUUGCUGUGGUUCUGUUCCCUAAGGAAUAUAUGUUGAGUGUUUAUUUUAAAUUAUUGUUUUCAGCUCACUGUACGUGUUCUCUCAGAUGUGUGUGUACUUUCACCAGUACAUCGUACAGUACUCAUUAUGCUUCCCAGAGAAGCUCAUAUAGGUACAAGGAAAGGCGAGCUUGAGGCCUGCUGACCCACUAAACAGUUCAUUGCCAAAUGAACGGAUCUUAUCAGAAAACUUAAGGGACACUUAAUUCAUUAGUAUGAAAGAUUCUGAUGUUAUGAUGAAGCCUAGAAUGAAUUGUGGGCUGUGGCUCCAACCAGCGCAUUUAGUGUUUGCUGUCCCUUUCUUUAAGCUCUAGACAAGAGGAAGAUUUAAAAACACCUUCACUUCCCGUCUUUUUGUGGUCUCCCUCUUAUGCAAGAUAAGAUGGGCACCCAAGACCAUUCCAGGGUGGCGUUUUUGUUUUGUUUUGCACAAAUGGGACCAUGUAAUUUGUAAGCAGGCCUGGGAUUGUCUGUUGGGUUCUUUACCUGAAAUCUGCCUUUAAGUUCAGAAGUGGAAUCAUCUUAAAGAUUUGAUUAAAAUUAGAAGUGGAUGGUGGUUUCUGUUUCCAAGUUACAUGAAGGAAAACAAAAUUGUUUCCACUUGACCUUGAAAUGUCUCCUAUGUGGCUGCCAAUGUGUGUGAAACAUAUCUGUAUUUAUGUCACAUUAUGAGAAGCCAAUCAUGCUGAGAUGGCGUUGCCUUAUUCUGGCUACUUCUGAGUAGCUGCUCUUACCCGAGCUAUGGUUUGUUUCUGUUUUUUGUAAUUUUAGAAGGACAUAACUAAACCACAUUAGUGACAUAGGGGUGAGGGAGGGAGGGAUAAGUAGCAGCUUUCCAUCUGCUUUGAUUAGGACAUGUAUAAUUUGAUGAGGAUAAUAGGUCAUUCCUCAUACCUUCCUUUAAGAUGAAGAAGAUGGGCAGGAACAAGCUAGAGGAGAAAGGAGGAAAUGAUUCCUUGGGAAGUUAUAGCUUCUGACUACUGGAUUUGUGGGUUUCUUACAUUAUUUUCUCUUGUGGGGAUUGUUCAUUCUAAAAUAAGCCACAGUUUGUUGUCACAAAGUGUAUUAGGUUUUUUUUUUUUAAUGAUGAAAUAGAUUAUGACCUAAUCAAAAUGUCUGGCUACCAAAGCAUUUAUUUCCUUAUUCUCCGAAUGUCAGGUAGAACGCAUAAACCUUUAGUUAUAGAAGAAAAGAAGGUCUUACCUGUGCAGUGAGUUUUUAGAAGAAUCCAAUUUGCACAGAUGAACUUACUGUAUAUGGUUUUGCAAACAAGUGGAAGUUAUCUGUUGUAUGUUUUAUUCAAUUCUGUAUAGAUUAUAAAAUUAUUUUUAUCAAAUAAA